AUGUUUCUAAAUAUAUUAAGAUUAACACCACCUGGUGGUGGUCCUGCUCCAUUAAUAAAGAAUAAGGCUAUUAGGCAAUGUUAUGGUCUAAUGUUUUUGAAUAUGUUUAUAACUAUAUGGAGUAUAUUUUCAAUAUUAUAUAGUAAAUUUUUAAACUCUCACUUCGGAACUGAAAUAUCUGCAUAUUUAUCUGUAGUAUUUGUAAUGGGAAGUAUAAGCUCUUAUUUUUUUUCAAAACUUGGUUCACGUAAAUAUUCUAGUGAUACAGAAUGGUCAAAAAUACUAAUAUUAAUACUAAUAAUUAACUUAAUACAAUAUGGAGCUAUUGUUUGGGGAUGUUGGAUACUAUAUAAAGUAUUUAUGUCUAGACAUUUAAUUGGUACUAAAAUGUACUAUUAUUUUAUUUUUUCAAGAUGGAUGUAUAGUACAUUAUUUUGCUUAACUGCACUAUACUCAUUUUCAGUUAUUCUUACUUCACUUACUUAUAGUCAAUUAUUAAUAUCUUUAGUGAAUCAAAGGAUAUCGUAA